AUGCCUCCUCCAUCUCCUCCAAUUUGUGAGGAACAACCUCAUUUAGAACCUCAGAGAGUUGAGUCUGAAAAUGUAAUAGUCGAUUCUCAAAGACAAGAAUUUGAUACUAAUUCUCUUGAGCGUGAUCCGGGAUUACGUCCUCAAAUUGACACAUUUCUACCCAAUGAACGUGAUAAUGUUCGAAGAGCAUAUAUUAUGUUAGGUCCAUGUCAACCAAAAUUAGAUGAAUAUCCAUCACACUUCGAAGGGAAUCAAAUGCGUCGAUUUAAUGGUAGUUGGUAUAAGCAAUUCCCUUGGCUUGAGUAUUCGGUUCAUUAUGAUAAAGCAUUUUGCUUUCCAUGCUUUCUUUUUAAUAUUGAUCGCUCACAUAAGGCAUUCACUCAAGAUGGGUUUAGAAGUUGGAAACGAAUUGGUGGAAAAGAUUGUGUUUUCCAUACUCAUGUAGGCAUUAUAAAUUCACCACAUCAUUUUGCUAUGCAAAAGUGGAUGGAUUUAAAAAACCCGAGUCACCAUAUUGACAAAGUAGUUCAACCCCCACAUGAAGUUACAAAAAAUCGGUUGAGGCUUACAACCACAAUAGAGGGCAUUAGAUAUCUAGCAAAUCAAGGAAUGACUUUUAGAGGUGACGAUGAAUCUUGUGACUCAUUUAAUCGUGGUAAUUUCAUUGAGUUGAUAAAAGCUUUUGCAAGAAUGAACGAAGAAGUUGAAAAAGUUGUGUUAAAGAAUGCUCCCUUCAAUGCCCAAUAUAUUUCACAUAAGAUACAAAAGGAGAUCCUAAAUAUCUUUGCUAACAAAGUGAGGAAGAUGAUACGCGAUGAAAUUGGGGAAGAUGGGAAUUUUUGUAUUCUCAUUGAUGAAGCACUUGACGACUCUAAGAAGGAACAAAUGGCUAUUAUCCUAAGGUUUGUGGGUCGUGAUGGGCAUAUUCGAGAAAGGUUUUUUGAUAUUGUGAGUGUUCAUGACACUAACUCCUUAACUCUUAAAACUGAUAUUUGUAAAGUGCUUGGUAAGCAUAGUCUUUUAGUGAGUAAUAUGCGUGAUCAAGGAUAUGAUGGUGCUAGCAAUAUGCGUGGUCAAUGGAGUGGCUUACAAGCAUUAUUUCUUAAUGAUUGUCCAUAUGCAUAUUAUAUACAUUGCUUUGCUCAUCGCCUCCAAUUAGCUUUAAAUGUUGCAGCUAAAGAGAUAGGACUUGUUUGGAGAUUUUUUUCAAUGUUAAAUAAUAUUGUGAACUUUGUUUGUGCUUCUGCCGAACGCCAUUCUGAGUUAAAAUUAAGUCGUCAAGAUGAAAUUGAAGACUUACUGGCAGCUGGAAGACUUGGAACAGGUAAAGGGGCUAACCAAAUUCGUUGUUUGCAACGACCUGGAAGUACUCGUUGGGGCUCACAUUUUAGAUCUAUUAGGAGUUUGAUUGAUUUAUUUGGUGCCACCAAGACACUUCUUAAUGAUAUCAGUCAUCAUGGUCCUACCUCACAAUUUCGUGGGGAAGCAGAAGGUAUGAAAAUUUCUAUGUUAUCUUUUGACUUUGCUUUUGCCUUGAAUUUGUUGGACAAAACAAUGAGAUUCACUGAUUUUCUUUGUCAAGAACUUCAAAGAAAAUCUCAAAACAUUGUGAGUGCUUUGAAUUUGGUUGCAAGUACAAAAAUGGAGCUUGUUGAAUUGAGAAAUAAUGGUUGGGAUGAUUUUAUACAUAGUGUGCAAUCAUUUUGUGAAACACAUGACAUUUGUAUGCCUGAUAUGGGUGCCCAUCAUACAAUGGGCACUCGUCGUUCUUGUCAACAAAAGGAUUGCAUAACAUUUGAGCAUUAUUAUCAUAUUGAUGUAUUUAAUGAGGUAAUAGAUUAUCAAUUGGGGGAGUUAAAUACUCAAUUUCCAGAUGGAACUGUGGAACUCCUUUGUCUUAGCUCAGCAUUGGAUCCUUGUGAUGCUUUCAAGCGAUUUAACAUUGGUGAUAUAUGCACUCUUGCUGAAAAAUUUUAUCCUCAAGAUUUCAGUACAACUGAGUUGCAAGCUUUACAUCAACAAUUGGGAUUUUAUAAGAUUGAUAUGGGUCGCAUUCCAGCCUUCAAGAAUCUUGAUUCCAUUCCUAUAUUACUUCAAUGCUUAAGUGAAACAGGAUUAGCACAAACAUAUUACUUAAUUGAUAGAUUGAUUCGUUUG